UGGUAAAAAAUAGUCAAACUCUUAUAAAAAUACUGAGAUAGUCAUUAUUUAAAAGGGGAAAAUAUAUUUGAUUCUUCAAAACGCAUUUCUAUAUCUUAAUUUAUGUAUUUUACUGAUGAUAAAACUGUUUUUCCUCUUGCCUAGGACCAAAAACCUCAGUCGAGUUGGGCCUGUCUUAGCCUUUUGUUGAGUGUCUAGCUAUCUGCAGCUGAUUAGGAAUCUUCAAUGACAUAAGUCACUUCCGCGUAUGAGGUGAUUCGGGCAUAACGGUGCUUGAACUUAUAACGAGCAUGUUGAUAAGACAUACUUAAAUAUCACGACUGUUGCACCUAACCGUUUACUGGCUAUAAAAAUGAAUACCCUUUGCGAUCGUUUUCAUGGUACGUAACAAACAAAGUUAUAUACAGUAGGAUAAAAAACAGUGUCCUUAUUGUGCUGUGCCGAAAAUCAUACCUAGGGGCUUUGGCUACACUAUGCAAUCGACACACGAAGCACUUCAGCAAUAUUCCUAAUCACGCAUAAUUCAUGGAUUAUUUAUUCUACACCUAAUGAGAAACAAUCAGUCCACGUCCACUUUGGAACAACCGCAGUAACAACAGCACGCUCGGCAUAACCAUUCAUCAAUGCGCGGUCCUGGAGGGAACUGAAAAUGCGUGUCAAUCAAAAGGAAUCAGUUCAUUUGAUGUUGGGUUAGCGUACGGUUUUGUCUGUCCUUCGAUACCGUAAACAAGCGUGCACUACGCUACCUUCAAAGGAUGUUUACUAAAGGCUUCAUUGUUGCGAUAACGCUAGUACACAUGUGGUUAGGCACGUCGUGCAGUUUGGAGCGUAUGCUCCCCGAGGAUACACUCAUAGGACCGUUGGUUGAACAAGUGAUGCGUUCGCUGCUGUUGCGCUACUUUCGAAGUGCACGUUUGCUUCUGCUUGGUUGCUAUAGUGAGCUUGGUGAACCAUCUGACGAAUGUACAAGAAGACGAUCGACCUGGGCCUGGUUCGCAUUUCUAAGCCUACUUUGUAACACUUGCAGGGUUCUCCCUUCUUGAAAUUCCCCUACUGACAUUCACACACGAACUGGCGGAUGACGGAUUCAUGGAUUGGAUUCAACCGACGGUAGAAGAUAAUGAUCAGCCCAUCCAACGCAUGAACAGUACUGGUUUCCUAAGUGCUCGAGACAAUCUGUUUGUAAUGCCGGACCAUGCCGAAGUAGGAGUGGUGCUCUUGUUCACUACAGUGCGCCACUUUGCACGUUACUGUCAAGAUCGCCACCCAUUGCAUGAGCGUGAGCGUUAUGUGCAUUCAAACUAUUUGGUGUUCAUACAGCAGUCAAGCUAUUCGCUAGAGGAACUACGCCCAACCGUUUACUGACUAUGGCGCUACAGCUCUAUUCUAAAUCUCGCCAUAUCUAUUGGGCCACUUACCGACCCAACGGCAGAUGGUAUAGUAUGUUUGGGGACCGGGACGGGCAACUAAUUUCAAAUUCUAACUCCUUCUUUCGUUUAGAAGCUACACUUCUUCAAUCCCUUUCAUGCAGAGGAAACGGAACAGCUGUUGACGUUCUAUGUUGGGGAGGACUUUGCGAUGAGUCCUACCGCUGACAAUAAGCUAAACAUCUUUAAUGGCAUACCGAUACGCUGUACGGUAUUUCCACGGAAUCCAACACUCUUACCAUGGGACAGUCUGCCCGCGUCAUUCCGUGAGGUGCAUUACGUACAGCAGUCCGUCCGAGCCUCCAAUGGGUCGGGUGGGCUGGACGGGAUGUUGUUGGGCAAUUUGGCAGUGGCGCUGAAUUUUACUGCCGAAACGAUGGACGCCUCGGAUGGGCAGGAAUAUGGCUAUCGGUUGAAGAAUCAUACCUUUGUUGGAUCAUUAGGCGAUCUGCUGCAGUACCGGACGGAUGUAUCAUUUAACGUUCGCUUCAUGAAGUACUACGAUACUCACGGAAUCGAGUUUUUGCACCCAAUAUACUCUGACCAGCUGUGCAUCCUGUCUCCAAAAUCGUUGGAAAUUCCGCAAUGGUUGGCCAUUUUUCUCUGUUUUCAUCCGUACGUUUGGACGUCGUUUGUAGUGGUUGGAUUUGCCGGCGGUUACUGUUGGUACCUGCUGAAGCGCUGGACCUUGCGCAAAGUGAGUCGCUAUAGACAGCAUUUGCUGAAAGGGGAUCGGGCCCAAUACACUGUACUAUCGAUCGAGAUGUGGCUGGUACUGCUCGGUGCAAGCUCUACCUAUUUGCCAGUGCGGAUGAUCGAAAGGACACUUCUAGUCGCAUUCCUGAUAGCCAACGUUAUUAUCUCCGGAACAUUCCAGGGCACCUUAACUACAGCGUUCAGCACGAAAUCGUACUACAAAGAUCUGAACACGCUGGCAGCACUGGACAAGUCGGAAUUGCCAAUCGCCACCUCCUCCCGCUCGCUGCUCGACAUAUUCGGUAACGAUUCGCUCAGCCCAUUGUACCAGUCGCUGAAGGGGAAGCUUCAAAUCUUGAACGAAUCCGCCCGACAUCGGGCUGCGUUUCAGCGGGAUGUGUGCUGCAUCGAGCGUCAUUCGGACGUGCAUCUGAUCAUUAACACGGAAUACAUUCGACCAAACGGACAGCCGAUGCUGCACGUCGUUGAUGAAUGUCCACGAGUGUACUCGCUGGCGUACAUUGUUCGAAAAGGGUGGCCAUUCGCACCACUGUUCAAUGCCGCCAUAUAUCGGUUCGUGGAGUCGGGUCUGUGCAUGAAAUGGUACGAAGACACCGAGACGGCACUGAUCCUGCAGAAGCGCAUCAGACAGCUGAGGGAGCAGGAGGAAGAACCGGCACUUCGAAAGCUCACCAUGAUCGAUAUGCAAACAUCCUUCUACAUCAUGGGUCUGGGAAUGUUGCUCAGCUUUAGCGUAUUUAUCGUGGAAACGUUUGUCGGAAGAGGCCUUAAUUGUAGCCAACUCUAGAAUGGAAAGAAGCUUAUCAUACGUUCCUUUGUGUUUAGGGCAAAUUGUUUUCUAGUGUAUGCAUUGAAAAGCAAUUUUUGUAAAUAAAGCACUUAAGGCACAAUACAGGGAUUUCAGGGGUUCUCAUGUUA